GAUUCGGCGACAUUCAGGAAAUCCGACUUUUCAUUCCUUGAUGACCUCCAUCAGAUCAUUGGCCUAGUAUUGACAGGCAAUCAUCAGUACGAAGUCGGCAAGGCCGUAGCUCAAUUGGACGAACGGUUCGAAAAUGCCAGACGCGUAUUGAACGAAUUACCAGGAUUACAAUAUGUAAAAGAAGAACAAGAGGAAAUAUUACGACGAGAACUAGCAACACUCGCCACCAAGAAAAAGCAACUGGACAACUAUCUGGCCUUGUCACCACUGCAA